AUGCCGUGGGGCAGCCGCCUCGGCCAUGGCUCUCCACGACCUAAACUAUCGGGACCUGGUGUUAAAUCGUCCAUAUGUUCCUCAAAGCACUUUAGAGACUGACUUUCCCACUCCGCUGUACAGUGAUGAGUACCUGAGACUGCGGGGGCCACUAAAUGCCCCCAUCAUAAAGGAGGCAGUUCGAUGGAAGUUCACCCCCAUGGGGUGGGACGCCAUGCCCCAGAUCUGGUACACGGGGCUGACCAACAGCCACAAUCGCGACACCUGGUACACCCUCACCAAUGGCAUUGGCCGGGAGGCGUACCAUCGCUGGCAGAAGUCCCAUGCCGAACGGGAGAGGACUCUACCACCUGCUUAUGCCCAGCAUCUGCGAGAGAGCAGCUGGUACGAUCCCAUCAUUCCUGCCCAGUACCUGGAACCCAGCACACGGUGGGGAGCAUUUCGUUGGAAAGACACACCUGUCCUGGGCAAAGAAUACGUUGUCAACCGCAACCGCUGUGCCAAGGACCUCCCGGGGAAACCAGGGUAUGUCCCUCACCUGUCUACGAAUACACCUGACUUCACGAGAAAAGACUUCCGCACCUGGAGAAGGUUCAGCCGACAGCCCUCGACCAAGCAGUAAAAAGUUUUUCUCACCGCUCGCAUGAUGUGGAUCCCUCUUUGUGUGCCAGCGGUGGGAAGAGCUGGCCCUGUGGCUUGGACAUUGCCGUGUCCUAGCUUGCUUUGUAUUCCAGCAGAGAUGCUGGGAUUUCUCCAAGUGCUGCUUUACUCAGUACAAGACUUACGGGUGGAAGUCGGUGUCGCCCAGUGGGAAACCAAGGGCUCAAACCAAUUCCUGGGGGAACAAGUCUUCAACGCUCUGGGGGAGUCUGAUGGCUGAGGGAAAUUUUACACCUGUACCAUGUCAAGCCAGCACAUCUCAGCAUAAGAUCACGCACAAACUAGAAUAAGAACGCAGAAGUUCAACUUCCACUGUAUUAUUAUUAUUUAUUGUGUUACAUUUAAAUCCUGCCUUUUGA